UUCUCCGACUCUUUUUUUUUUUUUUGUCCUCCCGGCAACAUCGCCCAUCCAAAAUGGCCAACCACACAUCGGCCUUCUUGGCAAGGUACAGCAUCUUCACCUCCCCAACGGAGCCGAGGCUCGACCUGCCCGACGGCGGCGACAAUGAUUUGCGGCCGAGGCGUCUUGAGCUUUACGUCGCCCUCGGCUGUGUGCUGCUGGUGGCGUACUUCUUCCAGUCGUACCGGGAUGCCAAGCGGAGGACGGUCGCCGUGCCGUUCUACAAGGCAUCGUUGUUCAAGUGGAUGUUUGACGCCGAGACACUGGUAACAGACAGCUACAACAAGUUCUACGGAAAAGUCUACCAAAUCAAGGCGACAGAGGGCGUCCAAGUGAUCAUCCCGCCCAGCCUCCUGGACGAGAUUAAGGGGCUGCCGGAGGAGGCCCUGAGCUCGACAGCGGCAGUGGCAGAGGCCAUGAUGGGCAAAUACACGCACUUCCACCUGGGCAAAAACACGAAUCUGAUGUCGGCCCUCAUCAGGACCAAGCUGACGCAGAACGUGGCCCGGAUGGUGCCGCGGAUGAAGGAGGAUAUCGACCAUCUGGUGGCGGCCGAGUUCCCCCCGUGCGACGACUGGACGGCUGUCAAGGUCAGCCCCUUUGCCGUCCGCAGCAUCGUGCGCGUGGGCGGCCGUGCCUUUGUCGGCCCCGAGGUGGCGCGCGACGAGGGAUGGGCCGAGGCUAGCGUCGGCUUCUGCGUGCACGUCUUCACGGCCGUCGUCAAGCUGCAGCUCAUGCCGUCCUGGCUGCGCCCGCUGGGCCAGUACCUCGUCUCGGACCUGGCAAAGAUCCGGCGCCACAUGGCUGCGGCCAAGCGCCUGAUGCGGCCCGUCAUCGAGCAGCGCCUGCGCGGCCUCGACACGCCCGGCGCCGAGCGGCCCGACGACCUGAUCCAGUGGCUGCUCGAGGCCCUCCCCGAGCGGGACCGGGCCGACGUGGACGCGCAGGUCAUGCUGCAGCUGGUGCUGUGCGCCGCCAGCAUCCACAGCAGCAGCAACCUGCUGGUCGAGGGCGUCUACGACCUGGCCGACAAGCCCGAGGUGCAGGCCGAGCUGAGGAGGGAGGUGGAGGAGGUAUUUGCAAAGGGCGGCUGGUCCAAGCGGGACAGCAUCAUGAAUCUCAAGAAGAUGGACAGCUUCAUGAAGGAGGUGCAGCGGUUAAGGGGCAAUAUCACCGGCUUCAUCCGCAAGGUGGUCAAGCCCAUCGACCUCUCGGACGGCACGCACCUGCCGGCGGGGACCAAGCUGCUGGCGCCGCAGGCGGGCAUGUCGCAGGACCCGCGCUUCUACGAGUCGCCCGAGACGUUCGACGCGUUGCGCUUCUACAAGAUGCGGCAGCGGUCCGACGAGGACCGGAACCGGUGGCAGUUCACGUCCAUCGAGAGCACAAACAUGAACUUUGGCGCCGGAAAGCACUCGUGCCCGGGACGCUUCUUCGCCGGCACCGAGAUCAAGAUGCUGCUCGCCUACUUUUUGCUCCACUACGACAUGAAGCUCAAGGACGGCGAGCAGAGGCCAAAGGGCUUCGUCGUCAUGAUGUCCAAGGGCGCGAACCCCGAGGGCGAGAUCAUGUUUCGGAGGAGGGAGUGCGCCAGCUACUGAUGGGGGUGGGGAUCCUGUGGUCGAACUGUAUAUAAAAACGACACAACCUGAAUAUAAACUUGCCAUCCAC